UCCGUGCCCACAGGGCCCGAGCGGGACGACGAGAUGGCUGAGCUGUCCGACGGCGAGGAGGCCUGGGAGGAGGAGGAUGAGGAGCAAGAGCAGGGAGCAGGAGAGGGGCUGCGUGCCCGCUGCCUUUUCUGCGAUAGGUGGUUCUGCAGCCCCGAAGAUGUGUUCUGCCACUGUAACGCGGAGCAUCAGUUUAAUGUUCGUGACGUGGUCAGAAACACGGACUUGAUUUUUAUGGAUACAUUAAACUAAUAAACUUUGUCAGGCUGAAGAAACCUAUGCCAGCUUAUUUGAAUUCACUCAGCAGCCCACUGCCUUGGGAUGGAGAGGAAUAUCUGAAACCAGAGCUAGAAGAUGAUCUCCUGCUUCAGUUUGAUACAGAAGAGCUAUGUGAACCCAGAGACAUUUUGUGUUCUAAUGGCUUAAAUGAUACCACGGUGCUCCUUAAACAAUUAAAACAUGCAGAAGACAGAGCAAGACUUGCAGAAGCAGCCUUUGCUAGAGCACAAGAUGAUCUUCAGAAAAUGAGACAAUUUGCACAGGAUUUUGUGAUGAACGCAGAUGUCGGAAGCAGCUCGUCAUCCAACACCAUUGCAGACCUUCAUGAGGAUGAGGAUGGCGUUUACUUCAGCUCCUAUGGGCAUUAUGGGAUACACGAAGAGAUGCUGAAGGACAAAGUCCGUACAGAAAGCUAUCGUGACUUCAUCUAUCAAAAUCCACAUAUCUUCAAGGACAAGGUUGUUUUGGAUGUUGGCUGUGGAACUGGAAUACUCUCCAUGUUUGCUGCCAAAGCAGGUGCAAAGAAAGUGAUUGGAGUAGACCAAUCUGAAAUCAUUUAUCAAGCCAUGGACAUCAUUAGAUUAAAUAAACUUGAAAAUACCAUUACGUUAAUCAAAGGAAGAAUUGAAGAAGUAGAUCUGCCUUUGGAGAAAGUGGAUGUAAUUAUAUCUGAAUGGAUGGGUUAUUUCCUUCUCUUUGAGUCUAUGCUGGAUUCUGUCAUCUAUGCAAAGGACAAGUACCUGGCAGAGGGAGGCUCAGUUUAUCCUGACGUUUGCACCAUUAGUCUAGUAGCUGUAGGAGAUAUGAAUAAACAUAGAGAAAAACUACUUUUCUGGGAGGAUGUAUACGGCUUUGACAUGUCUUGCAUGAAGAAAGCUGUAAUUCCAGAAGCUGUUGUGGAGGUGCUGGAUCCAAGCACUCUUAUAUCUGAAACCAGCAUAAUUAAGCGUAUCGACUGUAAUACUGCAUCUACUCCUGACUUAGAAUUCUCAUCAGAAUUCAUCCUGACAAUCAGAACAAGCACAAAGUGUACAGCAAUUGCAGGUUAUUUCGAUAUAUUUUUUGAGAAGGACUGUCACAACAAGGUCUUGUUUUCAACUGGUCCCCUGUGUACCAAAACACACUGGAAACAAACAGUUUUUCUUCUGGAGGAACCAAUUCCUGUAGAAGCAGGAGAGGCCUUGAGGGGAAAGAUAACAGUCCGCAAAAACAGAAAAGAUCCACGGUCCCUCGUUAUAACCCUUCUGGUCAAGGAUGUAAAGCAGACCUACAGUCUUCAGUGAAAGUUCUAUGUGUAGCUAUGAAAAAUGUCCUAUUUAACUGUUAGAUUUAACUGUUGGUAGCUGUUUCUGAAAGCCAAAAAUGGUAAACUCGUGGAACUUUGUAUGUGUGUGCACACAACAGUGUGAUAAGUGUACUUAAAUGUGAGAGAGAGGGAGUUUUGGAAAUUUUGAAUUGAAAUUUUGGAUGCUCUAAUUAAUGCAAUUCUUAGCAUUAAAGAAUAAGAAAAAAAAAGUAUAUAUAUAUUUUUUUUUAAAUAAGGAAAAAGCAGUUAAAUGUUGUGCCACUGCAGCUCAGCAGUAGCUAGAAAAUCACAAUGAGAAUAAAUUUGGAAUUCCAAUGCAGGCUUGCAGCACCAAAGAUUUUAUUUUUAUUACAACUCUGUGAAUAAAAAGUCGUAUCACAUUUCAGUUACAUUAAUCUAAAUAAAUGAUCUGAGUGUGUUUUAUAAUGCA